AUGUCAAGUGUAGAGCAAACUUCGCCCGUGAGAACUUUUAACCUUCCAGUCCCCUCUUUUAAGGUCACUGACCCUCAGCUGUGUUUCAUUAGACUCGAAAACUAUUUUCUGGCUAGUCGUAUUAACUUACAAAGAGAUAAAUUCGGCCUCACAAGCACUCACCUCCCAGACGAAGUAGCAGAAAGCGUACGAGAGGCGUUUUCUAAACCGGAUACUGAAAGGCCAUACGAUGUACUAAAGCAGGCAGUGAUUAAAGCAGUCACGCUAAGUGACCAACAAGCUGUUGAGCAGCUUCUCAACCAGGUGCAAAUGGGGGAUAGGACUCCAUCACAGUUAAAAACUAAUAUGAAAAGUCUACUAGGUGAUAGAAAAAUAGACAAUAACUUAUUUUAUCAACUGUGGCUUCGCCGACUCCCGUCCAGUAUCCAGCAUAUCUUAGCU